AUAAUGUAAACAUAAUAAAAAAUAUCUAGUCACGUAUACGCUUACAAAAUGAGGACAAAUAUGAAUACUAUUUUGUUCGACAUAUCCAAGAAUGAACUGUUCAAAAUUAAUGAGAAUUACAAACUGCUCCAUCGAAAACUGAAGACUGCAUGGAAAGUAAUGAUAAACCGUGAGGAGUUGACCCCGAAUGUUUUGCAAGAUAUCAAGAUAUUAGUUAUACCAGGACCACAGAACGUGUUCAAUGACGACGAGUUGGCUGCUCUUAAGGGCAUGGUCGAUAGAGGGGAUUCCGUGUUAGUGUUGAUGACUGAUGGCGGAGAGGAGAGAAUGAAUACAAAUAUAAAUUUCUUCCUUGAAGAAUAUGGGAUUGUUGUUAAUAAUGAUUGCGUGGUGCGUGCGAAAUACCACAAGUACUACCACCCCAAAGAGUGCCAUAUCUCCAACGGGAUCCUCAACAGAGCAGUCACGCGACACAUCAUGAGGAUGCCGAACUACACCAGCGAAACUGAUGACUUUCUAGAAGAAAACGCCACACCCAACUUCGUGUACCCGUACGGCGCGACGCUGACGGUAAAGAAACCUGCGGUCGCCAUCUUGUCGAGCAGUGACGUUUGCUAUCCCGUAAAGAGACCAGUUGCUGCACUCUACUCGUCCGAGAAAACCGGAGGAAAAUUGUUCGUGUUGGGCUCGGGGCACUUCUUUGCGGAUGCUUACAUUGAUCACGAGUGUAACGACCUCAUCAGGGAGUUGGUGUUCAACCACCUCGGUGGUGUCACCGACCUGCACCUCAAUCCCGUCGACGCUGACGAUCCUGACGUGAACGAGUACCGCACUCUGGGCGACAUGUUGUGGCUGAGCACACUGCUACUACCAGAACCUUCAAGUGCUCCACCACCUCGCCUGGCUCCACUGCAUCCACAUGCACUAUUUACUUGGAAGUUGUUCUCACUCAAUUUGUCACAUUUGCCAGAAGUACUAGGGCUCUAUGAAGAGGUAGGAGUGAAGCAUGAACCACUGCGGUUGAUUGCGCCACAGUUUGAAACGCCAUUCCCACCAUUACAACUAGCCGUGUUCGCUCCAACGUUCCGAGAGCCUCCACCACCACCUCUGGAGUUGUUCGAUCUCGACGAGGCGUUCAGCUCAGAAAAGUCACAGCUGGCACGACUUACCAACAAAUGUCUGCAACCGAAUAACUCUAGGAUGGGACAAGGUGAUGGUCAAAUAGAGAAUGACUUGGAGUAUUUCAUCCGGGAGUGUGGGAGAGCCGUCAGACUCACGAAAUCAAACCAGAGCGCCAAGCAAUUGCUGCAUCAGGUAGCAUUGCAGCUUGCAGCCUUCAAGAAGAUAGCACCAAGAACUGAUUGAUUAGUGUUUAAGGAAAUAAAUUAUUAUUGGAA